AAAAAGGAUAAUAAUAUAAUUGAGGAUGGGUUUGGUUGACGGGCUGCGCUGCUGCUCCAAUCCCCAUUACGCCUUAUUAGCCCAAAAUGUUAACUCGAAUAUUCGACUCAACCGAUUCUCAUUCAAAUAUUUUGCUACUAAGAAGAAUCGCAACUCGUUCCCGAAACUCAAUCGCUUUUCCUCAACCCGUCGUCCUCCACAGCUGACAAUGGCGGUUGGCGGCUGCGCUACCUCGUCGGACGACGUCGUCGAGAAGUCACCCAAUGACCGGCGUCUCUACAGAUUCAUACAGCUCACUAACGGCCUGUGUGCUCUGCUGGUUCACGAUCCCGAGAUUUACUCCGACGAACCUUCUGGAAACCUCAAAACGGAUGAAGACGAGGCGGAAGAUGACGAUGAUGAAGACGGAGAAGAAGAGGACUCCGAUGGAGAAGAAGAAGACAGCGACGGUGACGAUGAGGAGGACGAGGAGGAGGAGGACGGCGACGGAGAAGAAGAAAAUGGAGGAGUGAAGGAGCGGAAAGGCUCGGCGCAGAAGAAGGCGGCGGCCGCAAUGUGUGUGGGAAUGGGAAGUUUUGAAGAUCCUUUUGAGGCUCAGGGCCUGGCACACUUUUUAGAACACAUGCUUUUCAUGGGGAGUACUGAUUUCCCAGACGAAAAUGAGUAUGAUAGUUACUUGUCCAAGCAUGGAGGUUCAUCAAAUGCAUAUACAGAAACUGAGCAUACUUGUUACCACUUUGAAGUAAAAAGGGAGUUCCUUAAGGGCGCUUUGACAAGGUUUGCUCAAUUUUUUACUUCACCUCUGGUAAAAGCUGAAGCCAUGGAACGGGAGGUGUUAGCUGUGGAUUCAGAGUUUAACCAGGUUUUGCAAAAUGAUUCAUGCCGCCUGCAACAACUGCAAUGCUUUACAUCAUCCCCAGGCCAUGCAUUCAACCGGUUCUUCUGGGGAAAUAAGAAGAGCUUGGGUGACGCUAUGGAGAAAGGAAUUAAUUUAAGGGAUCGUAUUCUGAAAUUAUAUCACGACCAUUAUUAUGGUGGAUCAAUGAAGCUAGUUCUCAUAGGUGGAGAGACUCUUGAUGAACUUGAAAGCUGGGUCCUUGACUUAUUUAGCAAUGUCAAGAAAGGCCUUUCAGUUAAGCCCGAGAUGAGUUUGGGCAUUCCUAUUUGGAGAACUGGCAAACUUUACUGGUUAGAGGCAGUUAAAGAUGUUCAUGUCCUGGAUUUGUCCUGGACAUUGCCUUCAUUACGAAAAGAUUAUCUGAAAAAAGCUGAAGACUACCUCGCUCAUCUCCUUGGGCAUGAGGGCAGAGGAAGUUUGCAUUUUUUCUUGAAAGCUAGAGGCUGGGCAACUUCCAUAUCUGCUGGUGUUGGUGAUGAAGGAAUGCACCGGUCUUCUAUAGCAUAUAUAUUUGGCAUGUCUAUACACCUCACAGACUCCGGCUUAGAGAAGAUCUUUGAAAUUAUUGGCUUCAUCUAUCAAUAUCUCAAACUGCUGCGUCAAAAUUCUCCUCAAGAAUGGAUCUUUAAGGAACUCCAAGAUAUUGGAAAUAUGGAGUUCAGAUUUGCGGAAGAGCAACCCCAAGAUGAUUAUGCUGCAGAACUUGCUGAGAAGCUGCUUGUUUAUCCUCCAAAGCAUGUUAUUUAUGGUGACUAUGCAUAUGAAGUCUGGGAUGAAGAGAUGAUAAAACAUGUUUUGGAUUUCUUCAGGCCUGGAAACAUGAGAGUUGACAUAUUAACCAAGUCUUUUAAGAAGUCAGAUGAUAUCCUGUGUGAGCCAUGGUUUGGAUCACAAUAUGUUGAGGAGGAUAUUCCAUUGAAUCUAAUGGACUUGUGGAAGGAUCCUCCAGAAAUUGAUUCCUCUUUACAUCUGCCAUCAAAGAAUGACUUCAUUCCGCGUGAUUUCUCCAUACAUGCCGAUGAGGCAGCUUGCCAGUUUGCAGAUGCAUCAUAUCCAAGAUGUAUACUUGAUGAACCUGAUAUGAAGUUAUGGUACAAGCUGGAUAAGACUUUUAAACUACCUCGUGCUAACACAUAUUUCCGCAUUACGCUGAAAGGAGGAUACAGUAACGUAAGGAAUGCUGUGCUGACUGAAUUAUUUAUAUUGCUCCUGAAAGACGAGCUCAAUGAGAUUAUUUAUCAGGCCAGUGUUGCAAAAUUAGAGACUUCUGUUUCUCUAUAUGGUGAUAAGUUAGAGCUUAAGCUAUAUGGUUUCAACGAUAAGCUCUCAGUACUCUUAUCUAAAGUUCUCGCAAUAGCCAAGUCUUUUUCUCCAAAGGAUGAUCGCUUCAGGGUUAUUAAAGAAGACAUGGAGAGAACUUUGCGAAACACCAACAUGAAGCCUCUAAGUCAUUCUGCCUAUUUAAGACUGCAAGUUUUGUGUCAAAGUUUCUGGGAUGUGGAGGAUAAGUUAUGCUUGUUAAGUGACUUGUCUUUUGCAGAUUUAAAGGCUUUCGUACCCGAUCUUCUUUCCCAGUUAUACAUUGAAGGCCUUUGCCAUGGAAAUAUGCUGGAAGAGGAAGCUAUUCAGAUAUCAGAAAUAUUCAAAAGUAAUUUUUCUGUGAAGCCACUUCCAUUUGAGUUGAGACAUAAGGAGUCUGUGUUGUGCCUUCCUUCAAGCGCUGACCUUGUCAAAGAUAUCAGAGUUAAAAAUAAUCUGGAAACAAACUCUGUGGUAGAGCUUUACUUUCAGAUUGAACCAGAAGAAGGAACGGAGUUGAUAAAAUUAAAGGCACUAACAGACCUUUUCGAUGAAAUAGUCGAAGAACCACUUUUUAAUCAACUCAGGACAAAGGAACAGCUUGGUUAUGUUGUUGAUUGUAGCCCACGAGUAACAUACCGGAUAAUAGGAUUUUGUUUCCGUGUUCAAUCUUCUGAAUAUAAUCCUGUCUACUUACAAGGGAGGAUUGAGAACUUCAUAAAUGGAUUAGAAGAGAUGUUGAACGGGCUUGACCAUGAAUCGUUUGAGAAUUAUAAAAAUGGUUUAUUAGGGAAGCUUCUCGAGAAAGAUCCGUCUCUUUCGUAUGAAACAAACCGUUUCUGGGGUCAAAUAGUCGACAAAAGGUAUAUGUUUGACAUGUCGGAGAAGGAAGCUGAGGAACUUAAAGAUAUUAAAAAGGAAGAUAUUAUCGAGUGGUAUCGCACCUACUUGAGGCAACCUUCUCCCAAGUGUCGAAGGCUUGCAAUCCGUGUGUGGGGUUGCAACACAAACUGGCAAGAUGCAGAUGCACAGGUGGCAUCUACGCAUGUCAUUAAUGACCUUGCAGGUUUCAAGAACUCGUCCGAAUUCUAUCCGAGCCUUUGCUGAAGAAUGAGAUAAAUUUAUAAUGUCUCAUUGGAUUUAAGUACGGCUUUAUAUUCAAUAUGUACUCGAAACUGGGGUCAUUAUUGGAGAUCUCUUACAUGUAGUUUCUCUCUCUAUAGAUUUUUUGUUCUCUGGAGAAAGGUACUGUAGUUACCUAAAGUAGGUAGCUGGAUUUUCGACCCGAGUAUUUUGGCACACAAGGGUAUUUUAGUCACUUCAUAUUUUAUUUUUCUAAAAUUCAUUCGUAUUUAUUAGUUUUCUUUACACGUGUCCACUAGUCUACAACUUGACUUGACGAUACAUUAUACGAACUUACGAAUUAAGUCGGUACAUUGUUUGUAUCUUGAGUUGA